CGCAGUCCCAGUCAAACCUUCAUAGUGAACGGAGUGUAAACCCACAGAUUGCGGUCAAAACAUGAGUUAUUUGGAAAAAAUGGAUCGCUACUUGGAUUCCUUGAAAGUCGGCAAGAGUGCAAUGGUAGAUUCGUGGUUCAUGAUGUCGAGCCCAAUGCCGAUAUUGUCUGUUGUGGUGCUGUACCUACUAUUCAUAAGGAUCGGACCGAGGGUGAUGAAGAACCGAUCUCCGCUGCGGAUGAAUAAACUCAUUAGCUAUUACAACGCUUCGCAAGUCGUGCUUGCUACCAUGAUUUGUAUGAAGGUGUUUAAGUUAAAUCUCUUUAGAGAUGGUAUAUUGUAUGCAGGGUGUAGAUAUCCGUCCAACUCGCAAAAUCCAAUGCUACUAGAUUUAGGCUGGUGGUAUUUUUUUGCAAAAUUCACCGAACUUCUAGAUACAGUAUUCUUCGUGUUAAGAAAGAAAGAUAAGCAGCUGACUUUCCUCCACGUUUAUCACCACGUGAUCAUGGCUCUGUACUCGUGGAGCUACCUUAAGUUUGCAGCUGGUGGGGAGGGAGCUAUUCUUGCACUCUUGAACUCAAUCGUCCAUGUGGUUAUGUACACUUAUUAUUUACUGUCAGGCUUGGGACCAAGGUUUCAAAAGUACUUAUGGUGGAAGAAGUACGUUACUAAGAUGCAACUGAUUCAGUUCAUAUUGAUGCUCUCCUACUGCGCUUGGACAUACAACUCGCCUAGAUGUCAAUACGCUACUGGAUUCACGUAUUUCAUAUCCGCUAACGUUACUAUUUUCCUUUUACUGUUCCUAAACUUUUAUUCUAAGAGCUAUAAGAUUAAGAAAGAAUCUAAGAAAGAAAAUACAAAUACUUCAAACGGUUUUAAUAAGCAAAAUGGUGUGACAGAAAAGUGUGAAACGAAAGAAAAUGGGGUCUGUCGAGAGGAAAAUAAUGAUAAUCCGAGUAUUGAAGAGAUACCAUUCGAAGUCAAUAAAGCUUGCGGCGACUAUAUAAAAGAUGGCAAAGUGUUCCUUACGAGGCGUACCGCUAAAGCAACAUACGGACCGGAGUACGAUUUCGACAGCAUAAUAAAAAAAUGAUUUUCCAGAUUUGAUCAUUGAUUUAGAUUGUUCAUUUGAGACUGAUGUUGUGAUGCUGAAGAUGGAUAUUCUAUUAUAGCCUAAAUUAGAAGUUAAUACGGAUUAGUUGUAUGGGGUUUAGACUAGAGCUACUUUAAAUCUUAAUCUUAAUCGCUUUGGUGGUUUUUGAAAGCAUUGGACGUAGGAUUUUAUCACACAAACAAACAAGGUUAUGCAAUAUUUGAACAUAUAAUAUAAUAGCGUAAGCAUUUACUUCAUUCUCGACAUGUCGGGAUUCAUCUUAUUCUAGUAAAAAAGUUUGCAUUAUUUGAAAAUUGUAAAAGAGAAUUGCGUGGUGAUUUGUAUAAAUAUGUCUAGUUAGUGUCGCAAACGUUUCGUCUUUUGUUUUAAAUUGUUUAAUAAUUUCAUCUCAUUUCACUUCAAUGCUUUUUACAUCUGUUUUUAUACUUAUCGCUAUUUGAUUUGUAAUGUCGUCGUUUCUAUGCAUCUGUAUCUGAUUGCUUGUUCAUUUAAAAACGUAAUAGUAUCACAUUUAGGUUCAAUAUUGCUACUAUUGUUAAGCGACGGUGUGACAGAAACCUAUCAGAGAUCACCAGUGCCUUUUAAUAUGUACUUAUAAUUAAAAUUAAGCUUGAUUCCUUUCGCCAUUUUGCAGACGCAGGGUAAUAUUUAAAUGAGAAUAUUAUGAUGUCAUAGUCGCGUAGUAUUAAAUCUGGUACAAAUAUUAAAUAAAAACUCGAAUGUAUGAAGUAUAUUAUUAUGAUUAUAUUAAAAUUUAAGAAUAUAAACUGUUAAUGAAGGAAAGUAACGACAGAUAAUAAUAACGAAGGUUAAUAUUAUGAAUGAUAUGUAAAUAAAUAUUUAAUUAAAAAAAAAAAAAAACACGUUCUGUUACAUACAUAAAUUACAAUUAAAUAAUAAUUACUUUUAUUAUUACAAUGUUCUUUGUAAAGUUUUGUAACGUGAAAUAAAAAUUUACAAUUAUUUAUAUAAAUAUAUAUAUAUCAACGAAUGUAAACUAAGGAUAUUAUUUUGAAUACA